ACGGUAGGCAACCCCUCCCCGGGUUUUCCCCACAACGUGUCGCUGUCGACGAUGACGGCACGCGAGGAAUCGUCGCCGGGGCCCAUCCGUUUGGUCCAUGCUUUUGGUUCGUCGACCCGUCGUCCACCAUAAAGGUCUUCCGCUUGUGCCUUCUCCAGCAUUGAAGGUCGGCGCACAUGGUGCACAACGACGACAUCCACGGGGGACGCCCUCUGCCUUUUCUCCUCGUCGUCGCAGCGCAAAGCCACUACGAAGUCGCUCGUUUUUUCGCUGUCGUUGUUGGCUUGGUUUUCUUCGGCGUCGUCGUUUCUUCGCUGUGGAUAUUUUCGAUCUCCUUCUCGCCGCGGAACCUUCUCGCCGCGGAUCCGUAUCGCGCCUUGAGAGGUCCAGCGUCCAUCAGUCGCCAAGAUCUUCUUCUCGCCGCGGAGCGGUGCACGCUGGCUUCGUCUCCUUCACGUGCGCGACUUCAUCAGUGUCGUCGUCGAUCGUCGCUCUCGCCCUUCAUCGUUCUCCUUCUCGCCGCGGAUCCUUCUCGUCGCGGAUCCUUCUCGCUGCGGAUCCUUCUCGCCGCGGAUACGUUUCGCCCCUUCAGAGGUCCGUCGUCGCUUCGCGAAGAUCUUCAUCUCGCCGCGGAGAAGUGUCCGCAGGGUUCAUCUCCUUCUCGCGUUCGCGUCGACGUGGACAUAGUGUGCGUGGCGAGGGCGAGGACGAAUUGCUCCCCAGGGCGCCAAAGGCGCUUGUUCGUCGUCGACGCGAACAAAGGCGUGGCCACAAACGGCCAUUGACGGAGGCGGGAAGCAUGUCUACGUGCGGCGGCGCCCAUGGAAAGAAGCGGGAAAACAUCCCCGCGGACAGUCAGGGGCGGGAAAGGGGUCGGCGACAUGUCCCAAAGGCGAAGAGGCUUCGUUCAGAAGAAGCAUCUGCUAGCCUGCCUAAUCGGCGAGGGCGAAGUUGGACGGCAGCCAACGAGGAGGAAGAUGACGACGUAUUCACGACGGAGGAGGAAGCAGCAGAGGAGAACGUGGCGGCGCCUUGGGGAAGCACUCUUCAACGGUCGUGUGAUCAGAGCGAUGCGAAAAGAUUGGUGAUGCCCCCUCCGGAGGCGCAACAAGUGUGUGCGCACAACACCCAGAAGGCGAAGGAGGUAGUCGUCAAUGUCGGCGGCGAGGACGACGAGCCGUUGGAGAGCCGUAGACAGCGCAAUGUGAUACAAGCCGCGGGGUCUUCGGGCAAUGUUGGUGCCGUGGCGAGGGCGAGAGAAGAGGUCCCAGUUGUGGAGCGGAAGGCAGCGCGCGUCGACAACAAGGGGGAAAGGGAGGAUGAAGACCCCCUUCUAAGCCGGGUUCGGAGGGGAGGAAUGGCGAGAGAUCUGGCCGACCGUGCCCGCCUGUGGGUCGAUGACAAAGCGUUCUGGACGAUGGGGGAGGGGCGAAGGCUGUACAACAUCGUCCACAAAUUGCAGGAGUACUUUGUCGCCAUCGCCAGCGGAAUGCAAACGCCCCUCGUGCCCAGGAGCGUCGUCAUGCCGAAAUCAUCGACGACCCUCACAAGGAUUGCGGAUCCCGCACAACUGCAGCAGGCGAUUGCCCGCGCGAUGACAGCGGAGAAUAUCGCUCUGCGCGUCUUGCAUGGAUGGGUUUUCAAGUCCGGGAACCGCCCCCGAGGAUUCAAUGUCGCUUUCCAAUACGCGUUGGAGUCGGUGGCGACGGACAUUGCGCGCGUCAUGUGGAACGACGAGGAGUGGAGUAACGUCGUUAGCACGCCCGUUUGCGCGCACACAAUCGACCUGAACAUGGACUUGCCAUUGUGGUUUGCGGGCACGAGCAUCGAAGACAGGCCGAAGGACGACGACAUGGCAGCGCACCAGGAGUCUACCGUAAUAUGCAUCGCGCAUGCGUUUCGCGCCACGGUGCAAAUGGGCGGCAUCGUCGACGGCGGUUUCAUCUCGCACGAGCAUCUGUGUAGAAUUGCGGAUUGCUUCAGAUUGUUGUUGGCUGCUUGCAUGUGGUUGAUGCGCAUGGCGGGAGAUGAUGCGCGCAGCCACUACGAAGCCUUUUACUUCUCAAAGUUGGUCGCGAAGCCCACGCUAGUCGCGUCCAUGCAUCACGCUUUCGAUCAUCGACGGUCCAUUAUCCGAGCCACGAACGCUGUCACGGAGAGACUGGGGAAGGCGAACGCAACACUCGGAGAGUACCCGAAGUACAUCCCCGACUGGGCUUCCUGCGGCAUCGUCUUUGGGCAAAAUACGAGCAUAACGGGGCCAGAGGACGCGAAGAGGAGGGAUUGGUUGGGUUCCUGCCCCUUGGAGGACGACGACGACGACGAUGGAAAAGAGGACGCGUAGGGGGGGUGGUCGGGAGGGAGGUACGCCAAAAUCUGGUCCGGCUGCAAAGGCUC